AUGGCGUCUCGAGCGAUUUUUUGGACCUUUCUCGGUGCUGCCGUGAAUUCGGCACUUGGAGCAGCAUGCCUCCCUCGAACACCCUUCAAGUUGAUCGUCGAGUACGAAGGAGAUCUUGCGCCUAGCGUCAACCUCGAUUUUCCCGAUCCCUCCAUCAUUCAGAUUGAAGAUGGCUCUUGGGUCGCCGUUGCCACCGAGGGUAACGGUAGACAUCUUCAGGUCGCGACAACCAGCGAUCUCCUGGAGGGAGAGUGGUCAGUAAAGGACUAUGAUCUUCUGCCAGAAAACGGCUGGACAAAUGGCGAGAACUUUUGGGCACCCGAUAUUCGACGCCUCAACGACAAGGAAUAUAUUAUUUACUUCUCUGGAAGACGCCAGAGCGAUGGCCAGUUUUGCAUUGGCGUUGCCCGCUCGGAAGACCCCGUCGGCCCAUAUAAGCACGAUGAAAAGCCAUUGAUCUGCGCUCCUGAAGGAUACCACGGCGUCAUUGAUGCAUCCGGUUUCAAGGACCCCGACUCAGGCAAGAACUAUGUCAUCUUCAAGUACGAGGGAGAUGCGAGCGGCCCCAAGGGCGGUACACCCAUCCUUAUCCAGGAGAUUGAAGACGACGCCAAGACACUCGUCGGCGAACCCACGCAAAUCCUCGAUCGCAUUGGAGAAUUGGAUGGUCCCCUCGUGGAGGCGCCCAACAUUGUCAAGCUCAAGAACGGCGUCUACGUCCUCUUCUUUAGCACACAUCUAUUCACAGACCCAGAGUACGACGUUAACUAUGCCUACUCCAAGAGCCUGACGGGUCCGUACACGCGAGCUGAGGAGUCUCUGAUUGAAGCACCCGACUUUGGCCUCAAGGCUCCUGGAGGCAUGACAAGCAACGAGGCUGGAGAUAUUCUCGUCUUCCAUGGAUGGUGCAGAGAAAAUGCACGGUGCACGUAUGCUGCUCCUUACAAGUUUGAGGGAAGCGUUUGA